CGCAUCCAUUAUUGUUUACAAACUCUAUUGACGAUAACGUCGCGUAGGGAAGCGAUAUUAAACUGUUCGCUUUUCUACCAUUUUUAAGAAGUUUUAACGAACUAAAGGGUACCUAAUACAUACCCUGCUUCACGAUUGCGUUAAGUUUCGUCGAAGGUUUUACAUUCGAAUGUACGUUUCCGUUCACAGGACGGAAGCAUUCUAGAAGAAAAUGGAUGAAUACGACGAUAGCAGUAUGAUGUCCGAAUUCUUGGACUUUCCCGACAAUGAAAACGAGAAUGUUGAAUUCGUCAAGGUAGAACAAAUAUCAAAUUCGGACGAUGAAGAUAUCUUUUACGAAGAAGUUAUUAUGCCAGAUUGCGUUUCUAGUGAGACAAGCACCAAUGGUUCACAGCCCAUAAAUGAAAAAGGUCAAGAACAACCAAAAGUAUCCAAGUUGAAGCGAUCGAUAAAGCUAAAGGAAGAGGUCGUGCUGACGCUCAUUAACACCGUAAGAAGUAUGCCGGAGCUGUGGAAGCAAGACGCACCGGGCUACCGAGACUUGUGUGUACAGCAGCUAGCAUGGAACACGAUUGCGGCGCAGUUUGGUGUGCCAGUAGAAAAUCUGAAGGAAAAGUGGAAAAUGUUGCGCACUCAGUUUCGUUCAAACCAUUCGAAGGUGCGAAACAAAAGAUUGAAUGGAUCAGAUGCUGAACCCGACUACCAGCCAACAUGGUUUGCGUACGAGGCGAUGAAGUUUCUUCGCGAUGGCGAUAUUCCAAAUUCUGAUAAUCCAAGUACACCUGCUGCUUCGGUGCAAGAUCCCUCCGGCGGAUAUCCUGAUGAUACCGAUGCGCGUGAAAUCAUCCUUGAGCUUAUCAGGCAUAUACAGCAGAGGCCCGCCCUGUGGGAUAAAACGCAUCAGUACUACAAAAAUGCAGCGGUACAGUACCGGGCGUGGAAAACGCUGGAACAACGAUUGCAUCUCCCGAUUGCAGAUAUGAAACGCAAAUGGCAACACCUGAGGGUACAGCUUCGAAAUAAUCUCAGAAAAGUGAAAGCGAUGUCAGCGGCUGGCGAGGAAUAUCAACCAACGUGGUUUGCGUACGAGGCGAUGCAGUUUAUUCGCAAGAAUUACUGCAACGCUGAUGAGCAGCCUGCAGCAACACCGGAAAUAAGUCUAAAGCAAUCCAGUAUGCAAGUUGCUGUCGUACCAACGCCGCCCGUGCCGAUCGAAGGUCCAACUGUAAGUCGUGAAUACAAACGACGCCACUCAAGCCCGAUACGUACCCCAGAAAAAGUGCCUCGGUUAACCCCCUGCACGUCCACCACACCGCCCACCUCCAGUCCAAUCCCAAAACCCGAAUCGAUACGACCGGUGUCGUACGUUACGAACUGCAAGGUGGAACCGUUCAUUAUACGUACCUUUCGUAAUCUGUCCAAAAUUACGGACCAAAUAGCGCAGACGAAAGCAUCGCCGUACAGUGGGUUGCUCGAUCAUCUGGGGUCGGUUCUGGGGCGGAAGCGGCAAAGAGAUUUUAAGGAAAUUGAAACUGUGCUGCUGAACUGCUUGCGCGAGCUGCAAAAGUUCCCGGACGUAACGAAAGAAAGUUUGCAGGGUGAAGCUGAGACAGAUGAUGAGGAACAAUUAUUUUAGUUAAAUGGUAUUAACGAACUAACUUUUCUGGUGAACGGGAAGGUUUUUAUUCUGUAAAUAUGCAUAAUUUGACAGAUUUCUUUAAAAAAAUAAGUUGUUGAGUAUAUCUGUCUUCAGGUCUGUUGUAUAGUCGUUCUCGGUUAAGAGAGUUUAAUAAGUUCUCAGUUUUUAGUUCAUUCUAUUCGAAUACAGGCGGUCCUCGAGAUGCACGGUUAAUAAUUUCCGCGUAAAUCGAAUCUCGUGAUUUUAAGCCAAAACAUAGUGUAAUUUUGCAAAUAGGAAGUAGUUUUAGUCACUUAAUUAAUUAAUAUGCAUGAUUCUGACUGAAUAUAACAGUUAUAAACCAUCAAAAAUGGGUUUAAACAUUCGAUCAAAAGGAAAAUUAUUUGUCAUUUGACAAUUGAUGUAUCAAAUCAGUACAAUUUGCUCAAAGAACUGUCAAAUUUAGAAAACCGCGUAUAAGAAAUACCGUGUAACUCGGGGACUACCUGUAACAUUGUAUUAACAUAUGUCUUUAUAAAACGACGAAAUAGUUAAUUACCUAACGUAACAGAAAGAAAAAAAACUGCUAGGCACAUAUGAAGCACCAUUGGCUGUACGAGUUGAAAAAGUAUAACUGAUUG